UCCUCUGCCUAUCAUUGAAUCACCAUUUUUCUUCCAACUUAUCCCUUUCCCUCUCAUUUUCCUGUUAUUUCUCAGACUCACCUUUCUCAACGCCAUAACCUCAACCACCGAUUUUAUCAUCGGAAACCAGAUCUCAGCGUUUUCAUUUUCAUUAUUUUUCUGUGUUAUGUUUCCUGUAACAUUUCAUCUAUAAUAAUUUCUUGUGGUUGAAAGAGAAUGGUGGUGAGAAAAGCAUCCCAAAUUUUUUUGGGAUUAACCAGCAACAACAAGAUCAGAAACAUUUCUUUCAAAUCCAUAGAUUCACCGUUACCAUCACCAUCACUUAGCCAUGGAAUCCACGUCUUUCAUUGCCCUGAUGCUGUUGGAAUUGUUGCUAAGUUAUCUGAUUGUAUUGCUUCUAGAGGUGGAAACAUUUUAGCUGCUGAUGUUUUUGUUCCUCAAAAUAAACAUGUCUUUUACUCAAGAAGUGAUUUUGUUUUUGAUCCUGUUAAAUGGCCACGGGUGCAGAUGGAGGAGGAUUUCCUAAAGCUUUCACAAACAUUCAAUGCAACGAGAUCUGUUGUGAGGGUGCCAGCUCUCGAUCCGAAAUAUAAAAUAGCUGUCCUGGCAUCAAAGCAGGACCACUGCUUGGUUGAUUUAUUACACGGAUGGCAGGACGGAAGACUUCCGGUGGAUAUCACUUGUGUAAUUAGUAACCAUCAUAGAGAUUCAAACACCCACGUGAUUCGUUUUCUCGAAAGACAUGGUGUUCCAUAUCAUUGUUUAAGCACGACCAAAGAAAAUAAAAGAGAAGGGGAGAUAUUGGAGCUGGUUCAGAAUACUGAUUUCUUAGUACUUGCAAGAUAUAUGCAGAUACUAUCCGGAAACUUUCUAAGGAGCUAUGGGAAUGACGUAAUUAACAUUCACCAUGGUCUGUUGCCAUCAUUCAAGGGUGGUCAUCCAUCUAAACAGGCCUUUGAGGCAGGUGUUAAACUAAUCGGGGCAACAAGUCACUUCGUGACUGAAGAACUUGACGCUGGACCUAUAAUUGAACAAAUGGUUGAGAGAGUUUCACAUAGAGAUAACUUGCAGAGCUUUGUGCAGAAAUCGGAAAACCUCGAGAAACAAUGCCUUUCUAAGGCUAUCAAAUCUUAUUGUGAGCUUCGAGUAUUGCCUUAUGAAGGCAAGAAGACUGUUGUAUUUUGAGUGAAACAUAUUGCACACCCAAAUUUGGGAACCAUCUGUAUUUACAUUCAAGAAUUUACUUGAAAAAUUCAAAUAAUAUUUCAUUUUACUUUAGUUGCAAAAA